AUGUCUUAACUGAAAAAUCAAAAAAACCCUGCAGGAUAUGAGAAUAACUUUCAUUAGUAGGGACCUAAUGAAUAACAAAUAAUUAGCCAUUAAUCGAAGGUUCUCUCAGAGGAAUCGCCUUUUAAUGUUUCAAAAAUAUUAAAAGCAAAGUAAUAACAAAGCAACAUUUUUCAUCUCCCUUAAAAAGAUUAGAUUCAGAUUAAGGCUGUAGCUAAUUAAAAUGCUGAAAGUAGUAUUUAAAUUUAAAUUAGAACUGCUUCCCUAUGACAUUUUUUGGUGGAAUAGUUAAAAUGUAAAGGGUAAUCAGAAAUCUGAUCAACUCUCCUAUUAAAUCCCUAAUUCUCAAAUUAUUCAAAGCAGACCUUAAACCAGUCCCCAUUAAAGAAUUGAACAUGAGUAAGUUCCUAACUAUUCUGAUCUAACAGAAGAACAAUUUUUAUAAAUGUAACAGCAAUAAUACUAAUUAUUUCUGCAAUAACAUCAAUAACAACAAAAGCACUAAUCUAAGUCAUAAGAAUAACAGAAUGGAAGAUAAAAACAAUAUGAUCUCAACGUAGAUUAAAAGCCAAAUGCUUAUAACUUAAUGAAUGAAAAUAAUUAGAUGAUAUAAACUGCCUCAUUCAAUGAGAAACAAAAGUCGGUGGAACCAUAACCUUAAGAAAACGAAGUUAAGAAAUAAUAAAAACAAGAGAAACAAUAGUUUAAAAAGGAUCAGAAGAAGUAGAUUUUGAAUUAAUUACAGAAUCCAGAGAAAUUAUAUAAUAAAAUUAAUAAUCCAAACAUUGAAUUGAAAUAAAAAAACCCAAAUUUUUCUGAUGUAUUCGGCAAUGGAUUAGAAAAAUAUUAUCAAUAAAAGCCUUAAUAAACAUCUGUGAAAAGACCUCAAUAAGAUUAAUUGUAGGAAAGUGAAUUAUAUGGAGUAAAUUAUCAUCAGAGAUAAUUGUUGAAAGGCAUGAGUUCAUAAAUGGACACCCAUAAAUAUUACGAUCAAAUGUUGGAUAAGCAAAAUUAAAAUCAAAUUAAAUUAUAGCAACCAAAAAGUGCAUCAAAAUCACCUUAAGGAUCUCCAGGAAAAACACUUGAGAAGGAUGAGACACUCUUUACCAAGAGUUUUUAUACAGAACUUACAAUAAGAGGAAUGGGCAAAGAGGUUAACUGGGAAAAAUUGACAAACCAACUCAACAUACAUUAAAUGAAUAUUGUUGAUAUUGAUGUUGUUAAAAAUAAGCAAGGGUAAAUCAAAUAGCAUAAGAUUAUCAUAAAACAUUUGGAUUCAGCAAAUCUAUAAAAUGUGAAAUCAUGGGUAGUUACUCAAGGAGGUAGAAUAGUUGAAGAAAAACAAAUCAAGUAGGAUGAAUUUUUAAGACUCUAAUAAUUAAAAGAAGGAUCUAAAAAGAGGCCAUUAAAGAUUUCCGAAGAAAAAGAAAAAUUGAAAUAAUAAUAAAGGAAGAGACCAGCCAGUGCUAUUCCAAGUUAAAAAUAGAAGAAAUGA